AUGGAAGACACGCAGGGUCGCGAGAAAUCGGCAGACCUGGAAUCGACGUCGUCGGACUCGCUGUCGUGGACUUCGUCGUCGCCUAGCGCUGAGGAUGGCUUGAUGCCCUAUGACGCCGAUAUCGACACCACGCCGAGCUUUACCCCCGCAAGUCCCUCAAAGUCGUCGAGCUCCGAGUCCACCAAAACUGUCAAGCCUAGCCGCGAAGUGCCCAGGGAUCGGAGCCCAGUUCACGGUUUUGGCUUUCUCUUCAACUCACAGGAACCCUGCGACGAGCCGACUAUACGAGGCUACGCUGGUGGUGCGCACCAAGCUAAGCAAACCUUGCGUACGGCGGCCCACGAGACCGGCACACUCCGACACUCGUCUAAAUCCAUCUCUGCUCUCGCAACGACCAGCCUGAAGCGUGCCGCUAGAACUGACUCUGCGUUCCCAGCUCGUUCGAGCUUGCAGCGCAUCCCUGCCCUCCAGCCGCCUCUUCGUGCCGCGCCUGAGCCGGCCCUCUUUGUCGACUGCCGAAUUCCCGACUUCCCCGAUCGCCGCCGCCUGGGCUUCCCGCACAUCAUCGACACGCGCUACUUUGGCGAGAACACGGACCCGAACAGCUACCGCCUCUGCGACGGCAUUGCCACAUUUCUGAAAAAGUACAAUCCGGCUCUGUGCGAGCGCUUCUUCAGCGUGGAGAAUCGGUGCAUCGAGAUCAUAAUCUAUGACCUACGAUGGCUUUCGGGCACUCUGACCAAGGCGUGGUCCAUUCUCCGGCAAGACAAUUUUGUCCGGGUGGACCACAAGCAGCAUCACGAGAUGAAGACGGAUUCCUGCAGCCAGGAGCUCAUGCGGUCGGGCGAGUGGCGGUCCGUAGAGAUGCGAGACAACAACGACAACGUGCUCCAGGACGACAUGGCGCACAGCGGCGAGAUUGGGGCGCGGCUCGCCAAGCUGCUCCUAGUGAACCGCAUGUACCGGCGCGUACCAUACUUCGAGUUCCUUAUCAACGUCGACGGCAAACGCGUUUAUCCCGAAUGGCCGGGCGAAGACGUGGGUGAGCGGAGACGACUGCGCAUCAUGGGGGUGCGUAAGAAGAGCCAACAGUUCCUGACGGGAACCGUCCGCCCGUGA